AUGCCCGUGCGAAAACCGUCGCGAUAUGGCUCGAAUGUGAGACUCGGAAAGGAUGCCUUACGCGGACGACGAACCAAGACAAUCGAUGCCUCCUCGUUACGCGCCACCGAAGGAACCUCUCAAGAUGAAAAGAUCCAAGCUACGCGGCUGGCAAACAGCAUCGACGAUGCCAUGGGAUUCCCUAAAUAUGAGUCCGGAAAGAGAAGGGUGGGGUGGCUCUACAAUAUGCACAGCACUUCGAUCGAAGACUCGAGGAUACCAGGUGGUCGGGCUGGUGUUGACUUCUAUUUCAUCGGAGAGGACAGUGAAAACUUCAAGGCAACCGUUGACUAUGACCCGUACUUCCUGUUGGCGGUGAAACGAGGCCGAGAGGCUGAGGUCGAAGAGUGGUGCAAGAGAAUAUUCGAAGGGCUUGUCAAAUCAGUCAACCGCGUAAUCAAGGAAGACCUACAGAUGCCGAACCACCUCCUGGGAUACAAACGAACAUUCCUCCAGCUCACAUUUGCAAACGUCUCAGACCUGCUCACUGUCCGCAAGACGCUUUUGCCCCUUGCAGAAAAGAAUAAAGAAAAGGUGAAUGCGAUGGAUACUUAUGCGGAGGUUGCUAGUGCAGCAGCAGGCUUUGAUGUGUAUGAUGAAGACCAAGCAGCCGACGCUCGACCGAACGGGGUUGCCGAUGCCAGCGACUACAUUGUGGACAUCCGAGAAUAUGACGUUCCCUAUCAUGUUCGUGUUACCAUCGACAAGGACAUCCGAAUUGGAAAAUGGUACACCGUCGAGUCUACACACGGCUCAGUCUCCCUAACGUGUCUGGAAGAGCGUUUACAGCGCGCCGAUCCCGUUGUCCUCGCAUUCGACAUUGAAACGACAAAGCUGCCCUUGAAAUUUCCCGAUCAAGUCAUUGAUCAGAUCAUGAUGAUUUCAUACAUGAUCGAUGGACAAGGUUUCCUAAUCACAAACAGAGAAAUUGUUUCGGAGGACAUUGCCGAUUUUGAUUACACGCCAAAGCCUGAAUAUGAAGGACCCUUUCUGAUAUUUAACGAGCCAAAUGAACGUGCCUGCAUUGAACGGUUUUUCUCCCACAUCAAGGCAGCUCGACCUACCGUUAUCGCGACAUACAACGGAGACUUUUUCGACUGGCCGUUUGUCGAGGCAAGGGCUGGUGUGAAUGGCAUCGACAUGUACGCCGAAAUUGGAUUCCGAAAGAACAGCGAGGAUAUCUACCAGAGCAACUACUGCGUCCACAUGGAUUGCUUCGCUUGGGUCAACAGGGACAGUUACCUGCCUCAAGGGAGUCGGGGUCUGAAAGCUGUCACAGUUGCAAAGCUGGGCUACGAUCCGGAUGAGCUCGACCCUGAACUGAUGACCCCCUAUGCAAGCGAACAUCCUCAAAUUCUUGCAGAAUACUCUGUUUCUGACGCCGUUGCGACGUACUACCUUUACAUGAAGUACAUCCAUCCCUUCAUUUUUUCACUAUGUACAAUCAUUCCACUCAAUCCAGACGAUACCCUCCGAAAAGGCACGGGCACUUUAUGCGAGAUGUUGUUGAUGGUCCAGGCCUACCAGAAGAAUAUUGUGUUGCCGAACAAACACAAAGAACCCAGAGAAGCUUUCUGGGAGGGUCAUCUCCUCGAGUCUGAAACGUACGUUGGCGGACAUGUGGAGAGUAUUGAGGCUGGUGUCUUCCGCGCAGACAUACCUGUCAACUUUGCCGUCGAUACGACAGCGAUUGACGAGCUCUUGCACGAUCUUGAUGCAGCCUUAACAUUUUGCAUUACCGUUGAAGAGAAGAAGACCUUGGACGAGGUUACGAAUUAUGAAGAGAUCCGAGCACAAAUUGUUGAAAAAUUAGAAGAUUUGAAAAAUACGCCCAACAGGAAUGAGCGCCCUCUGAUAUACCACCUGGAUGUUGCAUCCAUGUAUCCGAACAUCAUGACUACGAAUCGCCUUCAACCUGAUUCUAUGAUUGCUGAAUCAGAUUGUGCUGCCUGCGACUUCAAUCGACCUGGUAAAACAUGUGAUCGACGAUUGCCGUGGGCAUGGAGAGGAGAGUUCUUGCCUACUAAAAGAGACGAAUACAACAUGAUACGCCGAGCAGUGGCGAAUGAAACUUUUCCCGGAAGAGCUCCCAAAGCACCUAGGCGAACUUUUCAAGAGUUGAGUUUGGACGAGCAAGCUGCAACAGUGCGAAAAAGACUUCAAGAAUAUUCAAAAAAGAUCUACCACAAGAUCCACGAUUCCAAAACCAUCGAACGAGAAGCUAUUAUCUGCCAAAGGGAGAAUCCCUUCUACGUCGAUACUGUCCGCGACUUUCGAGACAGGCGGUAUGACUUCAAGGGGAAGCAGAAGGUCUGGAAGGGCAAAACAGAAGCACUGAAAUCUUCCGGAGCAUCUGGUCAAGAGAUUGAAGAGGCCAAGAAAAUGAUUGUUCUCUACGACUCUCUCCAGCUGGCGCACAAAGUCAUUCUAAACUCUUUCUAUGGCUACGUCAUGCGCAAGGGAUCCAGAUGGUACUCCAUGGAAAUGGCAGGCGUUACCUGUCUCACUGGAGCGCAUAUUAUUCAGAUGGCGCGUGAGCUUGUGGAACGAAUCGGUCGACCGCUGGAGCUAGACACGGACGGGAUUUGGUGCAUGCUUCCGGCGACUUUCCCAGAGAAUGUCAUUUUCACAUUGAAAAAUGGCAAGAAACUGGCAAUUUCUUAUCCUUGCGUGAUGCUCAACCAUCUGGUCCACGCUCGUUUUACAAAUCACCAGUACCAGAGUCUGGUGGAUCCAGCCACGUUCAAGUACGAAACACACAGCGACAAUUCAAUCUUCUUUGAGGUUGAUGGUCCUUACAAGGCGAUGAUACUGCCCACCUCAAAGGAGGAAGACAAGAAUUUGAAGAAACGAUACGCAGUGUUCAACCACGACGGGAGCCUUGCCGAGCUGAAAGGGUUUGAGGUCAAACGAAGGGGCGAGCUGAAGCUCAUCAAGAUUUUCCAGACUCAGAUUUUCAAGUUUUUCUUGGAAGGGAGCACUUUAGCGGAAACAUACGCAGCUGUGGCUCGUGUGGCAAACCGCUGGCUUGAUGUCCUACACUCGCAUGGAUCCACGCUUGCUGAUGAAGAGCUCAUUGAUUUAAUUUGCGAAAAUAAGAGCAUGACCAAGACGCUCGAAGAAUAUGGAGGCCAGAAAUCAACAUCGAUCACAACGGCAAAACGACUGGCGGAAUUUCUGGGAGAUCAGAUGAUCAAGGACAAAGGUCUGAACUGCAAGUAUAUCAUUUCCGCAAAACCGAGGAAUACUCCUGUCACAGACCGAGCCAUCCCCGUCGCGAUCUUUUCGGCGGACGAUGGUGUUAAACGCUUCUUCUUGCGAAAGUGGCUUAAGGAGGAUCCAGCAGAUAUGGACCCCAGAACCGUGAUCGACUGGGACUACUACCUGGAGCGCCUCGGUUCUGUCAUUCAAAAACUCAUCACAAUUCCUGCUGCUUUGCAGAAGAUAAGGAACCCUGUACCGCGUGUUGCUCAUCCAGACUGGUUGCAAAAACGGAUUACUGCAAAGGACGACAGGUUUAAACAGAAGAAGAUGACCGAUCUUCUCGUGAAGAGACCCCUUACCGAGCGCUCUGUCAAUCUCUUGGAACAUCGACUGCCUGCCUCUGGAGACAUCGAAGACGCCCUCAGCACGCAACUCAAGCCUCAGGGCGAAGUCACCAAACCUGCAAAACGAAAGGCCUCAGAAUCAACAAGUCGUGGUCUUGUUGGUCCUCUUCUGUCUUCCCUUUCUGAUGCCCCAUCCAUUGACGAGGACUAUCAAGUCUGGCUCCAGUAUCAGAAGAGGAAAUGGAAAUUACAAAGGCAAGCCAAGGCCCGACGACGUCAAUUGUUCGGAGAAAGACCAAAUGUUGCUACAGACUCCAUCAGCAGCUUCUUCCGCAACCAAGCUGAAAUAAUGUACACCAACACCUGGCACGUUCUGCAACUACGUCAAGGGGAUUUGCCUGGUGAAGUGACAGCGUUUGUGGUGAUUGGGAAGAAGAUCCACACGUUGAAUAUCAAAGUCCCUCGCACGCUCUAUCUUAAUCUCAAAGGGGAAGAGCUUCCCAACGUGGAUAUACCCGGCUGCGACGUUGAAAAGGUCAACCACGUGCUACCGAAUGGUCAUCCAUCAGUGCACCUGUUUCAAUUGACGUUGCCUGAAGAGACUUACUUGCGAGAGGCAGAAUCAGUGUCAUUAUUGUGCAACCAUCCCAGUGUUGAAGGCGUCUAUGAGCGUCAAUUACCGCUGUUCAUGCGCGCCCUACUGAAAUUGGGGAAUAUGUGCUCUUUCGAUGAGAGCCAGAAAGGUGUUCUUGGGAAAGGCCUUGAACAGGGUUUUGAUUUAGCGUCACUACUCAGGAGUGAUGCCCAAUCGACAUACCUAGAAGAGCCAGCUUCCUUUGGGUAUAUCUACUUGUAUCACGUUGGUGCGGGCGACAGGAACGUAUUUGCUCUUUUCUCCACCACCAAAUCAGAGGCUCACAUCAUCGUUAUGAGUCGAAGCCGCGACAGCCAGAUCCCCAAUGCCGACAAGAUGUAUAUCGAACAAUAUCGUCAAAAAGUCCAGGACGAGGCUCUGGUGCAGACUAUCUUCGAAUAUCAACCCAGUAUAAAUUUCAAGGUCUCACAGGUGACGACAAAAAGAAAGGCACACCUUGAGCUGGCGGAUAUACUGAAGAAGUGGCGGUCGGACGAGGCGAAGCCGACAAUAUUUCUCCUUCAGACGACCACGCACAAGAGCUUGAUUCACGAUGUCCGGUCCAUCAGGGAUUAUCCUGUAAUAUUCCUGCCAGCAGAGCAAUCUGAUAUAGAUCUCCCCUCCUUGGCUUGGCAGGGCCAUGCCAUCAAGCAGCUAAUCUCUCAUUAUUUCAACGUGUCCGGGUGGUUGGUACAUCUGAUUGAGCUUGCUCGAUACGGUGAUGUACCUCUGUGCAACCUCGAAAGGGACGACCCUCGUUUCCUCAUCGAUCUAGCCUAUGCACGGAGGUUGAAGAGGAGCAAUGUCGUUCUCUGGUGGUCUGAUCAAGCUCGCCCAGACCAUGGUGGACACGAGCGCGAUGAUAUUCUCGGCCCGCUCAACGAAAUAGUUGAGAUGCCGUCAAUCAACAAUCCAGGAGCCUACACGUCUGUGUGUGUCGAUGUAUCGGUGCAGAAUCUACCAAUCAACACUAUAUUGACCUCGUCCAUAAUCAACGACCACGAGGGCUCUACAGAGUCUGUCGCCUUUAAUCCGACGGUCGAGGAAGAAAUUCCCCUGAAUUCGAACAUGGUGAAGUCGAAUGGAGGGUUUGCGCAAGCAGCGCUUGAAGUUCUCCGAGAGAUGGUUAAGUCAUGGUGGUCAGAAGCUUGCCGCGGUCAUCGACUUGCAGAUGUAAUGGUUCAACAUUUGGUCCGAUGGGUUGAGGCUCCUUCUUCCUGUCUCUACGAUCGACACCUCCAUUACUAUGUGCAGAUGAUGUCCAAGAAGGCGCUGCAGCAACUCAUCACUGACUUUCGCCGGGUUGGCUCACAGGUUGUUUUUGCGAGCCCGACAAGGUUACUUCUGCAAACAUCGAAGCAAGACGUCGAGAAUGCAUACGCGUAUUCCCAGUACAUUCUCAAAUCAAUCCAACAAAAGCCGCUGUUCCAUUUCCUUGGGCUCGAGGUCAAAGACUACUGGGAUGUCCUGCUUUGGUACGACGCAUACAACUACGGCGGUAAAGGCACCCCCACAGUUACGGAAGAUACCAGUCACUCUAGUCUCGAAACCGUUGUGCACUGGCAACUUUCACAGUUCUUGCCACUGCCUUUGCAGCCUGUCUUCGACGAUUGGGUAAUCACCUUCAUCGACUUGAUGCAGAAAUUGAAAAGACCGCCGGACUCAUCUGGCAGCACGCCAUCAAGUAUUCGACCUACCCAGUUGCCCUCUGCUUUCAUCAAUUUGACGGAAGAUCCAACCAGCACUGAGAUUACAACUGUCCUGCAAGACCAGUUCUCCAAGCCUCUAAAGAAACAAAUCACGAGUUUGAUUCGGCGUCAACGGGAGGAGUUAUUGCACCCCGAACUGGCUAGUGACUGGACGUUCCCAUCUUUGCCCGGGGGGACUUUGGAAUCGAGUGAUUCACGCCAUCCACAUGAUCCAGUCCUGGAACUGGUGAAAUCACUCAUGCAGAUAAUCUCCUUGUCGAAACCCCUUCAACUUGAAGCGCGACUUCUCCGCAAAGAGCUUCUCGCCCUAUUUGACGUCCGCGAAUUUGGGAAAGAGGCCCGAUAUGAGAAUCCUAGCGCAAGUUUGCGCUUCGAGAAUCUCGUCUGCGACACGUGUACCAUGACUAGGGAUCUGGACCUGUGCCGUGACGAGGACAUUCUACCUGACUUGAACGACAGUGGAAUGGGGGCAAGCAAUAAACCUUGGACCUGCAACAGUUGUGGGAUGGAGUACAACAAGAUCGUGCUUGAAGAGAAGCUGAUUGCGAGGGUUCAAUCAAUGCUGUUGGCCUGGCAGGCCCAAGAUGUUAAAUGCAAGAAGUGUGGUGGUUUGCAGGGUGACGACAGUCUAUUUGCAGAUCAUUGUUCAUGCGGCGGAGGGUGGAUCUCAACAGUCGAUGUGAGAGACAUCAAGGGAAGGUUGAAGGUCAUGGAACGGGUAGCGGGUAUGUAUGGGUUAAGGAUGCUGACGGCUGUUGUUGAGGAGGUGAAGACGAUGUGUACGAUAUCAUGA